CUUCUCAGCUGGUUCUGCAGCCAAGCAGUGGAAGGCAGAUAGUUUGAGUCUCCACUGGCUUUCUGUGCUCCUUCCUCUUCCCUGAGAGUCAAACCUAGGAGGCUCUUACUUUGCACCAGUUCUUGAGGACGCAGCAGUAUAUUGAAACCUGAGGUUAGAAUCGCCCUCCUUCUGUUUCCUUCGUGGCAAUUCUCAUGGGAACAUUCAGGGGAAACGCUCCCUUGCCUGUACUCCCCUCAGAAGACAAAGGUGUAUACUUCCAGCUGCGUGAGCUGCCCAAAGGCUGUUUGAUAUAAGGAAGAGACGACCUGGGUUGCAAAUUAUUCCCGGCAUCACUUACAAAUGUACUAACCAGGCAUAGGCAACAGAAGUAAUGAAUUAUGUGUAGGCUGGUGUAAGAAGCGAGGUAAAGGAGAAACAUCGGGUUGGAAGACAGGAGCCUCGUUUUCUGGCCCCUCUUUUUUCUGUCUCUGGUAUUUAGAUUUGUUUGACAUCAUGCAUUUGAGCAGGUGUUGAGGGAAAGCUAAGAGAAUGAAGGCUCUAAGUACCCUGUGGAAGCAUGAUAUGGCGGUGCAGUGCUGGUGCUGAAUUGUUCUCUCUGAUGGCUCUAUGGGAGUGGAUAGCACUGAGUCUUCAUUGCUGGGUUUUAGCAGUUGCUGCUGUUUCGGAUCAGCAUGCCACAAGCCCCUUCGACUGGCUCCUCUCUGAUAAGGGACCCUUCCAUCGCUCACAGGAAUACACAGAUUUUGUGGACAGAAGCCGGCAGGGAUUUAGCACAAGAUACAAGAUUUACAGGGAGUUUGGCCGCUGGAAAGUAAAUAACCUUGCUGUGGAGAGAAGAAAUUUCCUUGGUUCCCCACUGCCUCUUGCCCCUGAAUUCUUCCGUAAUAUAAGGCUAUUGGGACGUCGACCCACUCUUCAGCAAAUCACGGAAAACCUCAUCAAGAAAUAUGGGACCCACUUCUUGCUAUCAGCUACCCUGGGAGGUGAGGAGUCACUCACGAUUUUUGUGGAUAAGCGGAAGUUGAGCAAGAGAUCCGAAGGAAGUGAUUCUACAACCAAUAGUUCCUCAGUCACUCUUGAGACUCUUCAUCAACUUGCUGCUUCCUAUUUCAUUGAUAGGGACAGCACACUACGGAGACUUCACCACAUUCAAAUUGCAUCCACUGCCAUAAAGGUAACAGAAACACGAACUGGUCCUCUUGGCUGCAGUAACUAUGACAACCUAGAUUCAGUCAGUUCUGUUCUGGUUCAAAGUCCUGAGAAUAAGAUUCAGUUACAAGGGCUUCAAGUCAUUCUUCCAGACUACCUACAGGAGCGUUUUGUGCAGGCAGCUCUGAGCUAUAUUGCCUGUAAUUCAGAGGGAGAGUUUAUUUGUAAAGACAAUGAUUGUUGGUGUCAGUGUGGCCUCAAAUUCCCAGAAUGCAACUGUCCUUAUAUGGAUAUUCAAGCCAUGGAAGAAAAUCUUCUUCGAAUAAGUGAGACCUGGAAUGCCUACAACAAUGAUUUUGAGGAAUCAGAUGAAUUCAAAUUCUUUAUGAAAAGGCUUCCCAUGAAUUAUUUCCUCAACACCUCUACCAUAAUGCAUUUGUGGACAAUGGAUUCUAAUUUUCAGCGUCGUUAUGAACAACUGGAGAACAGCAUGAAACAACUUUUCCUAAAGGCACAGAAAAUUGUACACAAGCUUUUUAGCCUUAGUAAGAGGUGUCAUAAACAACCACUCAUCAGCCUGCCAAGACAAAGAUCUUCGACCUACUGGUUAACCCGUAUCCAGUCAUUUCUUUAUUGCAAUGAAAAUGGCCUUCUGGGAAGCUUUUCUGAAGAAACUCAUUCUUGUACUUGCCCCAAUGACCAGGUCGCUUGCCAUGGUUUCCUCCCUUGCAUUGUGGGAGAUGGUUCUUCAUGCUUAACCUGUGCUCCUGAUAAUCGUACACGAUGUGGAAAUUGUAAUACCGGAUAUAUGUUGAGUCAAGGGCUUUGUAAACCAGAAGUGGCAGAAUCAACAGAGCACUAUAUUGGUUUUGAGACUGACCUUCAGGACCUUGAAAUGAAAUAUCUUUUGCAGAAAACUGACCGGAGGAUUGAAGUCCAUGCCAUAUUCAUCAGCAAUGACAUGCGUCUCAAUAGCUGGUUUGAUCCUUCCUGGCGCAAACGAAUGCUCCUUACCCUAAAGAGCAACAAGUACAAAGCAAGCCUUGUCCACAUGAUUUUGGGUCUCUCUCUGCAGAUUUGCUUAACUAAAAAUAGCACCUUGGAGCCAGUUUUGGCUGUUUAUGUCAAUCCGUUUGGAGGCAGCCACUCUGAGAGUUGGUUUAUGCCUGUGAAUGAAAACAGCUUCCCAGACUGGGAACGGACUAAGUUGGACUUACCACUUCAGUGUUAUAACUGGACACUGACUCUAGGCAACAAGUGGAAGACUUUUUUUGAAACAGUACAUAUCUACUUGAGGAGUCGCAUCAAAUCAAAUGGCCCAAAUGGCAAUGAAAGCAUCUACUACGAACCACUGGAGUUUAUUGACCCUUCCCGGAACCUGGGCUACAUGAAGAUCAACAACAUUCAAGUAUUUGGCUACAGCAUGCACUUUGACCCUGAAGCAAUUCGGGAUUUGAUCUUGCAGCUUGACUACCCCUAUACUCAGGGAUCCCAGGACUCAGCACUUUUGCAGUUGCUUGAGAUAAGGGACCGUGUAAAUAAACUCUCCCCACCCGGUCAGCGUCGCCUUGACCUUUUCUCUUGCUUGCUUCGUCAUAGACUCAAGUUGUCGACUAGUGAGGUGGUGAGAAUUCAAUCUGCUUUGCAGGCCUUUACCAAAUUGCCAAACACAAUGGAUUAUGACACAACCAAAUUAUGUAGUUAACCAUAAAUGUCAAGCACAACCCAAAACCUUGAAGGAGUUUUUACAGUGCUUUUGUGGAACAGUUUAUGUUUGGAAGAGUAAAUUUAAAUUGUCUU